AUGGUCUCCACGCGACACCACCCCCGCGAGUUUCCCUCGCCCACGCGCGCCGCCAAAGAACAGGCCAAAACAUCGCCGCCCACCACCACCGGCACCGCACGCAAAUGGGUCCACACCCCGUCGGCCGCGCUGACCAUCUGGCUGGUGUUCUCGGUGCCGCUGGUCGUGUGGGAUGCGGGGUACGUGCUGUUGCGACCGCAUAGCAUGCCCGGCGGCCGCCUGCAUUCGCCCAUCUGGGCGCCCUACGCGCUGUACGGGACGGUCGAUUACAUCUACGGCUGGCCGGCGUUUAAUGCGCGCAAUGGUUUUACGGCUGCGCAGACUGUGCUGAAUGUCGUCGAGACCCUGGGCUAUAUCUACUACUUGUGGAUCGUGUAUCGGCACGGCGCGACCAUCUCGCCCGGUCGCGGCUCGCAGAAACUUGGCAAGGGGUUCCUGUGGUUGUUGACGGGUGACAAGGUUGUGUCGGGGCGCACUGGUGCCAUUGCGCUUCUUGUCGCUUAUACCGCGUCGGUUAUGACUCUCAGCAAGACCCUGCUUUAUUGGUUGAAUGAGUUCUUUUCGGGGUUCGAAAAUAUCGGGCACAACGAUGCUGUCAGUCUGAUUCUGCUGUGGAUCAUUCCCAAUGGCCUGUGGAUUAUCUUUCCCGGCUAUAACAUCUACGUCCUCGGCGCGGAUAUCCUGAGCUCGUUGGAGAGUGCAUCUCCGCGCCAGAGAGUGGGACGACCGAAAUCGUCAUGA